CUGAGGCAGCAGGUGAGCAUGAAGAAGAGAGAGAAGUCACCGUGUCAAGUAGAGUUCUCCGAGGAGAUAGUUGAACUGGUGAACGACGGCUUCCAGCAACAGAGACACACCUACCAGCUGCAGAACCGCGGCCCAGGCUCCGUGAGGGUACGGGCGGCCAUCGGAGCCGACAGCGACCCUGUGUUUGUUCUGCUGAGUGGCAGUGAGGAGAAAUACGUGGCUCCAGGUCUGAAGCUGUCCGUGGUCCUCCAGUACUCUCCUAAGGGAGAUGAUGAGGCCUGCCACCAUCGUGGCAGUCUGGAGGUGUUUGUCAACUCCAGUCUCUCUCUCACCAUUCCCAGCUCUGCUGUUCCUCGGAGUCCCAGACUCCACCUGAGUGAGGAGGUGGUGGACGUGGGGUGUCUGGUGACAGAGAACCAGAUCCACACCACCUCCUUCUCCCUCUCCAACCUCGGGACUCGUGAGGGAACCUUCUUCAUCGACACCUCUCCUCUCCCUGGCUGGAUCUCCCUCCAGCCCACCACUGGCCACCUACUGCCUCUACAGUCCACUAGAAUACAGAUGGAGAUUUUGUGCAAGGAAGAAAUUGAAUUCUCCUAUGCUCUCAGGUUUGUAUGCACAACUCCAUUUUCCAAACUGUUUUGGGUAUUAAAUAGUUAUGUGCCUUCAUAUGCAAAUUCUUACUGGGAGCAAUCCAUGGAGAUGUGCAGUUCAACUUCACUUGUAUGUACCAACAAUGUACCCUCUCCCUCAGAAUCAGUACGUCAGCUCCACCCACUGCUGUUGACACCGCAGCUUCUAAUACUGGUGGUGAGGGUGAGGAGGCAGCUCGCUCUCUCCUCCUGACAGUGUGUGGGAGACUGGAGUCCAGAGCUCUCAGGGUCCUGGACCCUCUCUCCCUCUCCUCCCUCCCCUCCCUCUCAUUCCCACCCACCUACUAUGACACAACUACCUCCAGACAAGUUGUUCUGUUCAAUGAGAGUCCAGUGUCCACUGACUACCUGUGUCUCCUGGACAAGAGAGCCCGAGGGAGUGAGGUGGGUGGGGCAGAGGGUGUGGCCAUGGCCCUCACAGAGGGAGGUCCCGGCCAGAGGAGGUGGAGGGAACAGGGCUCCACUCCUCCUCACGAGUCUAUCAUAUCUGUCCUUCCUUCUCAGGGUACUCUGCUGCCUUAUGAGAAGAGGAUAUUGGAGCUGACCUUUGCUCCCAGGUUCCUUUCCUCCGACAGUGGGUGGAGCAACUUCCAGGCCACACCCACCAGACGUGACUACACACUCUACCUUCGCUUCCUUGCUGUUGACACCAACAGAGAGUCAACAACCUCUGGAGGUGACUUUGAGGUGGCAGUGUGUGCAACUGCUCUACCAUUGGACAUACAGCUGGAGCCCAGCCCUCCACUACAGUUUGGAGCCACUCCCACCAUGUCCCCCACCACCCAGCAUGUCAAGGUCCACAACCAGUCAGACACACUUCCUCUCUACUUCACCACUCACCGUGUCCCUCACUACACUUGUCACCCUCCCUCCGGGCACAUCCCACCCUCACACACCCUCUCCCUCUCCCUCACCUUCACUCCAAAGCAGCUCGGACCACUCAAUGCCAGACUACUCAUCGACUUACUGACUUCAAACUCCAGAAGUGGUAAAGAAGGAGGAGUAGUGAAGACACUGGUGGUGGAUCUGAGAGGAGAGGGAGUGAGUCCAGGGUCUGGGGGGAGGGGAAGAGGGGACGAGAGUGGGAGUAACAUCAACUACGCCCAUCCUGAUGACCUGGCCACCAGUAUUAGACCUUACGUUGGAUAUCAAGUCGUCACCCCCUAUACGCGGACCCCCCGCUACACGUAUGUGGACAGAGACUAUGCCUACAGUGAGGCAGAGAGACGCGAGAUCCAGUGGCACAGAGACCACUACCUUCACUACCUCAGACACUCUCAGGCUCUCCGACUGUGGAACAGGAGAGAAAGAGCUCUGGCAGCAGCAGCCUGUGGACCAGAGAGGGAGCUGGGGCUGCUUCCUCUGAAAGCUCCUUCCAACUCCCCCACUGUCUCCAGUGAUAGUUCUGCCAGGUGGAGGAAGAAGAGGAGAGGAAGAGGUGCUGGUAAACCUGGGAUCAUGACUACUGAUGAUGUCACCACUGCCACCUCCGUAGACCUGAGAGAGGUUGAGCAGUGUUCAACUACUGCUGAGAGUCAACAAGUGGCCAGUGAAGUCAAUGCUUCCCUCUCUCCAUAUCAGCUCUCUCUUAUCACAAUAAGCACAGGAGUUCUGGACUGUGGUGUGAUCGCAGUCAGUUCAGUGGUGGAGAAGACUGUAACAAUAAAGAACAGCUUGAACCAACACAUCUGUUUCACUUUCAAGCUUGCUGGGUCAGGAGUGAAGAGUCCACUGUUCCCUUCCUCUUCAUCCUCCUCCUCCUCUUCCUCUCAUCUCGUCCUCCCUCCUCUGUCUUACACCAAUCUCCCCUUCACCGUUCAUCGUGACACAACGGUCUCCUUGUGAAAGGUGAUUCAUUGCAACAUCAUAGAGUACACCACAUUUAUUCACCAAAUUCCUCUUGUCACACACUGCUCCUCUCCCUCUCCCUCUCCACCAACACCCUCACACUCUCACAACCUCCGUUGCCCCUCCAUCUGCUGGUACAUACACCACUCUACGUUAUACA